GCCUUUUUGCGAAGGGCACGCAGCGGAGAAGGGCUCUGCCGGCAUCGGUAGAGAGCACCCCGCCGCUCAGGCCAGCGCUGCCCUGCCUACGGCCGCGCGGUUGAAAGAGCGGAGGUGGCCGUGUAGUCGGUGGAGCCGGCUGGGCUGAGCAGCGCCGGGCUGGGUGCGGGUACUGCGAGCGGCCCGGAGCCCUCCGCCCCCGGCCGCUGGGCUGAGAGCUCCCCCGCCGGGCGCAGAGCUGCUAUUGCCCCCGCGGCGACCUGCGUGCCCCAGGCCUCAAAGGUCAUAGCGGUGUGCCUCGGCGUGCUGGGAGCUGUUGGAAGCGUUGUGCGCCUGUAACGCGCCCUCGCUCAGCUGCUUUUGCAGGUACGAUGGCCCGUGUCUUUGUCUAUGGCACGCUGAAGAAAGGCCAGCCCAACUACAAGCACAUGAUCAACACCGCCAAGGGCCUAGCAAAAUUCCAAGGAAGGGGCCGCACGGUGGAGAAAUACCCGCUGGUGAUUGCAGGAAAGUACAACAUUCCUUACAUGCUGAACAUCCCUGGGACGGGACAUCACGUUGCUGGGGAGAUUUACUCGGUUGACGACCAGAUGCUGCAGUUCCUGGAUGAGUUUGAAGGCUGCCCAGACAUGUACCAGCGUACCCUGAUGAGAAUCGAGGUGGUGGAGUGGGAAGGGAAGAGUGGCGCGGGCGAGACGCAGGCAGCUGCCGAGGGUGUGGUGGAGUGCUUCGUGUACAGCACAACAACAUACCCACCUGAGUGGGUUGGCCUCCCCUACUAUGACAGUUACGACUCCUCGGGGAAGCAUGGCCUCUCCUACGUCCUACGCGAGAGCCGGGAUUAGGCACAGCAGAGACCGCAGCCCAGGCCAAGACGUAGCACUAAGCAGCUGCCGAUCGGUAACCUUCCCAGUAAAGCUGUAAUACCUUGUUAUUAAAACCUGGCAUCUCUUGUAACCUUCCCUCCCGACCUGGGAGCCUUGGCACUAGUGUUGAAGUUUUGGUAGGUCCAGAGGCGGGGGCUCCUCUCUGGCUAGGCAGCAUCUUCCUUGCCCCUGCUAACCUGCUACAAGUAAACCGGGUUUGCAUCAGGUGUAAAAUAACUCUCUCUGCACAUCAGUUCUGGGGCAUAGUUAAUUAUUUUUUCUCAAACCCCCCCUCUUUGCACCAGUGCAUGGCUGAGGUCAGUGAAAGAGCAGAGGAACAGACUAAUUGUGGGGUUUUUUAAUCUGAAUUGACACAUUUUCUUGUGUAGUUCUCCAAGGAGGGUGGAAUAAUGAUGAUACUGUUGCACUAAUAACUGAUUUUAAAUAAUAAUGCCUGCAAACAAAGCAAAGCACAACUCACAUUUCAGAUUGCCUUGUCAUCAUCUCCAGUAGGUUACUGAAUGUAGACAGGGAGAGAUGACCAACCAGGUACGAUGUGCUUCAAGAUAAACACGAAAUUGCUGGAGAAACAAGAGAAAAGUUCAAGACUCUUCUUACUCUAUACUGCAAUGCUUUUCUGAACUGGAAGAAGGUAUUUCAAAAGCAGGUUUAGUUUUACAAGGUACUGUGAAGAGACAUUAAAAACAGUGUAAGAGAAUUACCUUUAAAAUCAUAUUUUUAAUUUAGGAUUAUAAGCACUUUAGGUACCGCUUCAGUUCACUGAGUGACUGUAGAGUUCAGGGCCUGUGGUGGGGACCAGGAAAAGCAGACCUGAUCUCAGCUGCCACCACCCUACAGCAAAUGCAGCUGUCAUGAGUGCUCGCUAUCCAGGUGACUUUUUGCCAAGCACUUUAACACAGAACUUGCAACCAGAGGCAAGCAGUUUCCCACUGGGGGUAGAAUUUUAUAUACAUUAUAAAAUAUAUAUAUAUAUAUAUAUAUAUAUAUAUAUCUCCAAAGGACCUGUAUUGUGAUUAUUGCAACAUUUAAACUGUGGGGAGGUGGGGGGAAGAUGGAAAAAGAAGAUCCUUGGUCCCCUGACCAGCCAGCUGUGCUGGUCUGUGUACAGUCAGGGAAAGCUGUGGCUUUCUGUUGCUGCACUCUUGUGCCUUACGUUUUCCUUCAAGGGCAGGUGUCAGUACGUAUGGGUUGUACCAUAUGCAGGGCUGUACACAGUGCAGUGAGCUGGGGCACUAUUGAAUGUACUAAGGAUACCAUUAAGAACAAUAUUGUACUUUUGCUUCACUGUCAGUAGCCCUGUGAGGGCCAGAGGAGAUCCAGGGUAAGGAAUCAGCCUGAACCUCAUACCAGUAGUAGACACUGCUGCAUCUCUUUAGGUAAAACAGCCAGCGGCUUUGCUGCAGUGCUUUUGAAGUACAAUACUUGUGCCUUUUUGCAAUACUUGUUUUUUAUUUAGGGCAACCUUCAGGAGUUGAACCAUGCCCCUUCUGAAAGGGGCAAGAUGGCAUUAAGAAGAUUUGUAAGAAGAGCUGUAGGCUGUCUGCUACAGUUUCUCCAACUGCAAAAGCACUGAUUUUUCCUGGAGGGCAGGUACUACCCAAACAUGCUCCUUUUACAUAAACUAAUGAACAAAGCAGAUCCCUGUACCCCCUUGGCCAUGAGAUGAAGUUGGCAGCAUCUCAAGAACAUGAAAAAGGCCUCUUCAAUUGCAAGUUUUAAGCAGACUCCUGAAUCUUUCUAGUUGAACAUGAGUCACCAGCUUUUUCAGACUGUUCUUCUCCUUCACCUUCCAGUAAGGAGUCCAGGCACUUCUGGCCUGAAGGGUUUUCUGGGAAGCAGCAUGAGACUGCAUGUCCUAGGCAAGAAAAUCAGAGGAAGCCCUCUGCUCAGAAGGUCAAGGCACAGCAGGAGCAGUGACUUAGAGGUAUGUAAAAAGAAAAAACGACCAACAAACCAGCUGUAGGAGGCGAGCCCAAAGGCAGGGGUAGCCCAGUGUCCUAGCCCAGCAGUAGGUAGCAGCAAAGACCUAGGCAAGAGCACAGGGACAGAGAUGAUGUGCCAGGGACUGCAGAGGUAUCACAGCAUCCAGUGAGCUGCAGCUGCUGACUCACCAAGCUAGAACAUCAGUGGAAGGGAGAGUCUCUGCUAACCUCAAACUAGCAUUCUGAACCCAGUAAACCUGUGGUAAUUGCAUCAUCCCAUGGUACAGAGCUCCUAUGCAAAGAGUUAAAAAAAAUACAUCUUCCCUGCUCUGACCAAGUCAGCAAGGCUCUUCAGGCUUCCUCCUCCUCAGGCCCUCUUGGGUUCCUCACAUAGGACACAUGGCAAUUCCAGCAGGAUAUAAUCUGGUGCUAUGAAUGGUCCCAGUUCUUCAGUCUUUAGUAGGAGCCUCUGCAUGAUAAAAGAGUCGAUGCUUGGGUGUCCCUUUCUUGUAAAGUUCAGGAGGAGGCUUGUCCUGAGGGACAGCAAGUACCUCUAGCAAUACCUUAGAGUGCCUAAGAGGAUUUGAGGACAGUGCCAGCUCCUCCUGUGACAAUUUGCAUUCAGUAAUCAAUAGAAAGAGGCUAAAGAGAGGGGGAAAUCUGAGAGUGGAGUCUGAAUAAAAGAAAAUUCCCUUACAGUUGUAAAUGAAAAUACAUGGAAAAAUUCUGCACCAGCAAAAUAAAACAUCUAACCUGUAAUUUCAAUCUAGUCUAUUCAAAAUAGUACAGUCAAUCUGAUCAGAAUUUAAGCCACUGGCAGCACUUGUUCAGUGCUUACACAGAAUAUAGGAAAACUGCUGUGUUAAGCACUCGUUGGUUCAUUUUUCACUGUUAUUACAACCAUUCUGUAUAGUUUGGCUGGGCCUUCAAACCAGUGACAUUUCCAUGGAGCAGAUGAAUCGGAUUUGGGCUUUUGUUGUGUCGUGGGGUUUUUUUUCUUUUUAAAGAAGCUCUUCCUGUUUUAAAGCAGAAAUAGUAUUUUAUUGAUUUUAUUUGAUCCUGAAAAAUCAAAAGAAUUACAAAGGUUAUGUACAAGUAUUUCUGGAAGUAAAAAUCUGGGAUCUGUUGCCAAGGUUUAACAUCUGUGUUUGCUGUCUUAACCACUGAUACAAUAAAUAUGACUGUGUAAAA